AUGCUUGUUAUUUGCUAUGGGAAGAGGACCACAGGGGAGGUGGCUGCCUCCCAGGAGCUAGCAGCGGAUUUCAAUAGCAAGACUCCUUCCUUAUUAUACGCCUCACCCCCAAUACCGCGCUCCAGGAGAUCCCGUGGGGUCAUCCCCGGAUUGACGGAAAUAUGUAGCAUAAACCGGUUAAAAAUGACGAUGUUGGCAGGGAACGCAGCAGCGACCCUUGGCACGCAUGAUACAUGUAUAUGUGUCGCUAACGUGCGAAACAUGGGGCUUCAUACAUCCUUGAUCAAAGAAGUUCUGAUUGCACUCGAGCAAUCAUAUUACUGGGUUCACCGGCAUACAUCUUGGGUUGCAAACAAGCUUUCUGAUACUACAUUAUCUACCAACCCCAGUUAUAACAUGCGGAAAAGCACCCGAAUCCGCCCAUCGUCGCGUCGGAUCCGUGGACAAUUCCACCAUUGCGAACACAGUCAGUCUCUCCAUGCUUUGGGAUUCCUAGAACACCACUCAAAUUUGCCUAAUGCUAUAAUCUAA